CGUCCCAGCUGAAUCUCAGCAACCUCUGCCACGGCGGGUCGAUCGAGAUGUGGAGACAUCGAGUUCUAGGAUCGGUGGCCCUGCUCUUGUUGCUACUCACCCUCGUCCAACCGUUUACUCUGAACCAGAUCGCGGAAGACGCGCCGCCACCGCUCGGAGGCAUCGAGGAUCCGCCGGGGCCAGAGAAGGUGCACGGAGGCAUCGAGGACUGGCCGGGGGCAGAGAACGACCUCGGCGUCGUCGACCUCGCCCACUUCGCCAUCUCCGAGCACAACAGCAACACCAAUGCUGUGCUGGAGUUCCGGAAAGUGGUGAAGGUGAAGCAGCAAGUUGUUGCAGGCUGGAUGUAUUACAUUACAAUUCAGGUCAGUGAAGGCUGGGGAAAGCAGCUAUAUGAAGCCAAGGUGUGGAAGAAGCCGUGGCCGGAUUCCAAUCCCAGGCAGCUCGUGGAGUUCAAGCCGGCAGAGGAUAAACUCUGUUCCUUGUUGCGUAACAUGCCUGCUUUUCUGCCGGGGUUGAAUCGUGCAGGCUGUAUUGAAUAUAAAUAACUAUGUUCAGAAGUUUCUUGAUCAAUCAUAAGGACUAUGAGUGAACUUGCAAAAAGGCUUGUGAUGUUGUCAAUGUGAAAAUUUAUCAUGGGAUAGAUCAUAGAUCCCUUUGUUUCUCCCAGGGCCCUGCAUAUAUAUUACGUAACAGAGCUGUUCAUCAUGCAUGCUUGAUUCA